UAUCGUAGUAGAAACCCUACAGGGAUGGGGAGCGCCAUUCUAGCCGGAGCUCCAAAUCACAGCAUUUCUCUCGUCAAGGUAGGCGCUAGGCCGAGUAGAAGCAAUCAGAGGUUUCGCGAGGCCGGGGGUGGAGAUUUUAGCUCUUCCCAUCGCCACGCUUGCGCUCGACCUAGAUCUUCUUCUUUCACUCCAAGCCUCGUCUAUCAAGCACCAAAUGCGAGAGUAAACAAAGAGGAGAGUGUAGAGAUUCUUCUUUUCAACACAAUGAGCAGGGAGAAGGAAGUGUUUCGGCCGAGAAUUCAUGGGAAGCUUAGCAUGUAUGUGUGUGGAGUCACUGCUUACGACUAUAGCCACAUUGGUCACGCCAGGGUCUACGUUUUCUUCGAUGUUCUUUACAGAUACUUUACAUUCAUGGGAUACGAGGUAACGUACGUGCGGAACUUCACAGAUAUUGAUGACAAGAUUAUAAAACGAGCCAACGAUCUUGGAGAUGAUCCCAUCGAGUUAAGCAAUCGCUUUUGCGACGAGUUCCGCCGGGACAUGGCUUCGCUACGAUGUCUAGCACCGUCACUGGAGCCUCGAGUCUCCAGAAACAUCGACCAGAUCAUUAAAAUGAUCUCGCAGAUCCUGGAGAAUGGAUAUGGAUACGUUCUUGAUAAUGGCGACGUCUAUUUCUCUCUAGACAAGUUCGUGCCAGCGUUCCCGGAUUGCUAUGGUCGCUUGUCUGGCAGAAAACUCGAUGAUAAUCGUGCUGGCGAGCGGGUUGCUGUCGACGACAGAAAGCUGAAUCCAGGAGACUUCGUGCUCUGGAAGAGCUCUAAAGAUGGCGAGCCUUCUUGGGAGAGUCCAUGGGGAGCUGGGAGGCCGGGGUGGCAUAUCGAGUGUAGUGCCAUGAGCGGUGCUACACUGGGAAGCUCCUUCGACAUUCAUGGCGGAGGAAUGGAUCUAAUAUUUCCACACCACGAGAAUGAGAUUGUCCAGAGCCGGGCAGCGUGUCACGAGAGCAAUAUCACGUACUGGAUGCACAAUGGCUUUGUCACAGUGGACUCGGAGAAGAUGUCAAAGUCUCUUGGUAAUUUCUUCACGAUCCGCGAGGUUUUCGAGCUCUACCAUCCUCUGGCUCUAAGAUGGUUUCUACUUUGCACACACUAUCGAUCUCCGAUCAAUUAUUCGGAAUCCCAGCUACAGAACGCUUCGCAACGUCUCUUCUAUCUAUACCAGACUUUGUUUGAUGCAAAGAGAUGCGUCGAGGGUUCGCAAAAGGAAGAGAAAAGCUACGUGGUUUCACAGAAAGCUGCCGAGAACGCGAAGGCUUUGAGACUGUCCCUGAGAUCGUCUCUAGCAGACGACUUAAACACGCCUGUGACAAUAGGAGCGCUCUCGGAGCCAUUGAAGCUGAUGAACGAGCUUCUACAUUCUAAAAGAGGUCGCAAAGAUAAGAGCCGUUACUCGUCUCUAGAUCUUCUUCGUCUGGAAGUGGAACAAGCGCUGGAAGUUUUGGGAUUUUCCGUGGCGGACUACUCACAGGUUCUCCAAGAGCUUCGAAGCAAGGCCUUGAAACGAGCUGGGUUGACAGAGGACGAGCUUCUACUCCAAAUUCACGAGCGAGCAGCCGCCAGAGCCUCCAAGGAUUUUGGAAAAUCAGACGAAAUCAGAGACAAGCUCUCGUCGCUGGGGAUCUCUCUCAUGGACGGAGGCGGGGAUGAAACGCUCUGGCGUCCCAGUGUGACAAGCGAAGAAUGUUUCUAGAAAUGGACGGCCCGGAUGAAGUAUCUGGCCGGAAUUUAAACUCCCCGUGGUGACUAAUUAAAGUAUUCGUAGAAUAUUCGUUUA